UCUCUAAUAACCAAGCCGACGAGUGCUCUUCACGAGGUGGAACCACGGCGGGAACUUGCGCCCAGGGAUUCGGAGUUUGUUGUACUUUCACCAUUGCCUGCGGUGCCAGCACUUCUCAAAAUUGUACUUACCUUGUUCAAGAAGCCACCACCAACCCCGCUGCGGACCCAUGCAUGUUUACAAUUUGCAAGGCGUCCUCUGACAUCUGCAGAAUCAGAUUGGACUUUACGACUUUCUCUAUAGCUGGACCUUCGGUGGGAACCACUUCAAUUACUGCUCCAAUCCCUGACGGUAAUGGCGGUAUCUUGGGCGAUUGCUUAACGGAUUCGUUUAGUCUCACUUCUCCUGGAAGUCAGGCAUCCCCCGUGAUUUGUGGAUUUAACACCGGCCAACAUAUGAUCGUGGACGCGUCUGCAUUAUGCCACAAAGCAACAUUCGAUUUCUCUGGAACGGGAACAACUCGUCAAUUUGACAUCAAAGUGACCCAAUAUGUGUGUGGAGAUGAACGAGGAGGCCCCGAUGGGUGUCUUCAAUAUUUCACGGGAAAUGUGGGCACGGUCGCCAGCUUCAAUUUCCCUACUUCGUCCGCAGCAGUGACAUCAACAGUUUUAAAGUAA